AUGCCGCGGUGUGGUACAAGACGUUCAACGCGACCCUUGCAGGAGUCGAACAAGCCACAAUCCAGCAACUCUGCUUUCAAAGAGAAAAAGCCUGCCAUUGGAGAAGCUACCUCGCCUGGAAAUAUUGAGCAUUCGAAUAUUGAAAAUGAGAUUCUCGUUGUUGCAUCUGAGAAACCCUCAGUGACCUCAGCUUUAGACGUGAAGGCGGAGGAGAAAAAGGAAGUACUUACUGAAGAUGAUCGUCUGUCACCUGUGAGUCUGAACUCUUCUAUCACAGCUGCGUCUGAUUUUUCGAAAAAUCUGGACGUCGAUAUAAACCUGGACGAAGAUGCUAAGUCUCUGUCUUCCGAAACCCCAGAGCCGGAUACGCUUGAGACCAAGUACAACAUAUCAGCUUUAGCUAAUUUGGAAGCAGAAAGAAGUGCGCGGAAUGCGCAGUAUGAGAAGCUACAAAUGCUCCUCUCGAAGAGUGCUUUCUAUUCUGAGUUCCUCAAGAAGAUGAUUGAAAAGCAGCAAGCCUCUUUCUUGGAGAGGAAGGCUAAGCAAGAAGAAAGAUUGAUCAAAGGAACUAACAAGCGGCGAGGUGGAAAGCAAAAGGGUAGGGCGAAGCGGGCCAAGGUGGUGGAAGCGAAUAGCGAGGAGGAUGAAGCCAUUGCUGAGAUGAAUUCGAACGAAGGUCUGUUGAAUCUGACCCUGUUCAAAGGUUCCCUCCGUCCUUAUCAAGUCGAAGGGGUUUCUUGGAUGGCGCAAUUGUAUGCCGCUGCCACGAGUGGAAUUCUGGCAGACGAGAUGGGAUUGGGGAAGACUGUUCAAGUCAUUGCAUUGGUGUGCCAUUUGGUUGCCAUGGGUGUUCGCUCAAAGCCGUACAUGAUCGUCGUGCCUUUGUCUACGAUUACCAAUUGGUCUCUUGAAUUCGACCGAUUUGCGCCCGAGAUUCCCUACAUCAUUUACCACGGUCCUGAGCAAACUCGCCGUCCUCUUCUGAAGCAAUGUCACAAAUCCGUGCCACUAAAAUCCAUUCCGGAAACGAUGAAACCAGUUAUUCUUACGACCUACGAAACCGUGGUAUACGAUGCCAAUUUACUUUCUGCUAUUGACUGGUCCUUCAUUGUCGUCGACGAAGGACAUCGUUUGAAGAACCACAAGUGCCGAUUGGCCCAGAUGCUUCGCACGAUGCGCACAGCGAACCGUUUCUUGCUCACGGGAACACCGCUGCAAAAUGAUAUGUCCGAGUUGUGGGCCUUGCUCAACUUUUUGAUGCCCGACGUGUUUAACAAUUUGUCCGACUUCAGCUCGUGGUUUGACCCCGCUUCUCUCGCCUCAAGUGACGCCGACUCUAUUUUGAUGAACGAGGAGCGCAGCAAUCAAGUUAUCUCCAAAUUUCACGAGAUAAUCUCGCCUUUCAUGCUUCGUCGUGUGAAAGCUGAAUGCGGAUUGAACCUGCCUCCGAAACGAGAAAUCUUGGUCAAGUGUCGCAUGACGGACACGCAACUCCGUUUGUACGAGGCCAUCCUGGACUACUCGAUCUUUGACAUUGUCAAGUCUAGAAAAGACAAGGAGGAUGUGAAACGUGACGAGAAAGGUCGACCGAUUCGUCUGUCAGCCAAGAUGGACUUCAAGAUCUUCUAUGAACGAAACGGGAUGAGCGAGAACGCGUUGACGUCGUAUUACUCCAAAGUCGCGGAUAUCAUGAGCUACAGGAAGACGUCUGCGUCUAGUUGUGGCAUGGUGAAGGAUUACGAAUUCAACGUGAAGAUGCAGAGUCCCAUUAGUCAGUUGCAGAAGUGUGCCUCGCAUCCGUAUCUGUUGGCGUAUCCCUUGGAUCCAGCGGGAGGCUAUUUGAUGGAUGAGAAUAUAGUGAACAGCUGCGGGAAAAUGCUGAUGCUGGACCGUUUGUUGACGCGCCUUUUGGAGCGAGGCCACAAAGUGUUGAUUUUCUCGCACUUUGUGCUGACUGUGAAUGUGCUGCAAGACUACCUGUACCUGAAGGGCAUUGAGUUUUCUCGUUUGGAUGGAACAAUGAAGCUGAGUGACCGUGCUGAGAACAUCAAAAAGUUUAAUGACGAUCCAAACAGGAACAUUUUCCUUCUUUCGACUCGUGCUGGUGGACUUGGCUUGAACCUGAUGGCUGCCGACACUGUUAUAAUUUACGAUUCUGACUGGAACCCUCAAGUUGAUCUGCAAGCUCAAGACAGAGCCCAUCGAAUUGGACAAACGAAGCCCGUGAUUGUGUACCGUUUCGUGACGAUGGACACCGUGGACGAAGUGAUCAUGGCCCGUGCAGCCGCCAAGAGGAAACUCGAGACCGCCAUCCUCGGCGUCGGGGAUUAUUCUUCCCGCAAAUAUUCCGCGCCCGAGGAAGAGAAGAACGUGAUGGACGAAGUGACCAAGAAGCUCAAGAACCUGAAUCGUGCCACUGUUGUGGAUUCUUCCAAAGCUUGCAUCACUGACGAACAAUUGGAGGCCAUGUUGGACCGCACGGGUCUCGAGGAAGAAAAGCAAGAUUUGAGUUGGAAACACGAAUACGUGGGUCCGGCGCAGAUUGCGAAGAAGAAACGAGAUUCGUUGAUGGCGGAGAAGAAGAAGAACAGGCAGUCCGCUGCUUCGGUCGUGCCUUUCGAAGUUCUCGUGGACUGUGCGAAGUCGGAGGAGCCCGCCGUGAAGAAGAAGGUUUUGCCGAAGAUUUUAUCUUUUGUAUAUCAUGUUCAUCCGACCAUCAGUUUUCAUCGUUUUGCCAAGCUUUAUUUCAACGUGCCGAGACGCUCGUGCUACAAAAUCGUUACUCAGCCCGAAGAAAGCCUCGAUUUCACGUCGUUGUCGGAUCGUGCUGCUCAGGCUGCGUUCAUGAAGGACUUCUUCCGUGGAAUGGGAAUGACGACAGCAACGAUUUUCAAGGAGCCCGCGACGAUCAAUUAUCCGUUUGAGAAAGGUCCUCUGAGCCCGAGGUUUCGGGGUGAGCACGCUUUGCGAAGAUAUCCGUCGGGUGAGGAGCGAUGCAUUGCCUGCAAGCUCUGCGAAGCUGUUUGCCCUGCACAGGCCAUCACGAUUGAAGCGGAGGAACGAGCGGAUGGGAGUCGAAGGACGACGAGGUACGACAUCGACAUGACUAAAUGCAUUUACUGUGGUUUCUGUCAAGAAGCGUGUCCUGUCGAUGCUAUUGUAGAGGGGCCGAACUUCGAGUUUUCGACGGAGACGCACGAAGAAUUAUUGUACAAUAAGGAGAAGUUACUGAAUAACGGUGAUAAGUGGGAAGCGGAAAUAGCCGCAAAUAUUGAAGCUGAUCAUCUUUAUCGAUAAUCUGUUCGGGAAAUUUGUGUUUCUUAGCCUUCAUCUCUAGUGUAUAGCUCAGAUUCUGAUGGAGCGCGAAUAUGUUGCAAAGUCUUCAAAGUUUUUGUUCCCAGUGAUAAAUGGAAUACACUGACUUAUCACAGAAA